AUGGCAGCUCUGUACAUAUUUUUAGCAUUAUUAGUCCAGAAUACUUUAGCAGAACCAAUUAUAGAUGAAGACGGUGUAAAAAAUGAAUCCCUUGAAUACCUUCGCGAUAGCCAAUCAGAUAUCGAAAAUUGCACUGCAACAGAAUUCGAGGCAGCACCCGAAGAUUGGAUGAACACGUUUAUCGGAUCAAGUAGCGCCAUAUUUCCAACAUCGUCCGCGGCUUUAAUGGCUCAAGCCGCAUUCUCAGAUAAAUCACCGGAAGACCAGCUUGAAGAUAUAAAAGAAAUGGCAAACCAAAUUUCAAACUCUAUCCAAACUGAAAUGGUGAAACUUUUAGAAUACGCGAUGUCCAGUACCGGUAAAGAAGAAACUGACAAUAAGCUGAGAAAAAAACGAUCUGCUGAAACACCAAUGGACAGUUCCCAAUUAGUCAUGAGAUUAUUGAGACAUAUCAAGUCUAACAAUGAAUAUCAGAAUAUAGCUAUUGAAAAAAUGAUGACUGCUCAAGAAAUUGCCGACAAAUAUGGAAUCAGUUUUUCUCCAGAUCCAGAAACACUUUCCGAUCUCGCUUUGGCAGCAAACGAACAAGCGGAAGAAAUGACAGCAAUACUUAAAGAUGCUAUCGUCUUGAAAAAUGUUACUGACCAAGAAUCCGCUGACAAUAUAAAUGCAUUUGAAAACAUCUCGAAAGAAUCCACUGAAUGUUUAACUGAUAUUGAACAAAAUAGUAACAAUCAACAAAAUUCAAGUGAUCAUGUUUUAGAUUUCAAAAUUCUCAAAGAAAAUUACAGCGACGAUUAUCCAGCUGUAUCCCAUCAUAACUACUACGACUACUGUACUGUUGAAUCACAAAUACCUGCACCGCCUCAGGUUUACAAUGCUCCUGUGAGUCAGCGACCAAACUUUUAUGAUUUGGUUUCUAAUUAUCCUAUUCAAGAUUACUGUUCUAUGGAACCAACCGCAACUAUAAUCAUUUCUAAUGAUGAACCAGAGCAGCCUGAACCGGAACUGGUAGCGGAAGAAUAUGAGGAGACAGUUUCUUCCAAAGUGUUCAUCAAUCAUGAAGAAGCACCCGACGUGUCCACCGUAAACCACGUUAUGAGUUAUACGAUAUCCGAGAAAGCUCAUUUUAGAUCACCCCAGAUUGAUAGCUUACCUCAACAAAUGCAAUACUACUUUUUGCUAAUGUAAUUGCAAUAAAGUAUUUUUAAGUUAUUAUUAUAAAUAUGUGAAUAAUAAUCACAAGUACAACCUAAAAUGUGCAUAAUUGUUUUCAUUGAUAUCUUAUGUUGUGUUGUUAUUGGAAUAAAAGUCUUGUAU